UCGCGGCCCCAGGUGGCCGCCCUGACGCCGGGCGGCGCGGCGCAGCGCUCCGACGCCGUCUGCGUGGGGGACCGGAUCCGCGCCGUCAACGGCAGCUCCACCGAGGGCCUGCUGCACCACGAGGUGCUGGAGCUGCUACGCGGCACCGAGCCGCGCGUCCAGCUCGAGCUCGAAUACGACAUGCCCGAGUCAGUGGUCAGCAACGAGUCGGUGUGCGCCUGCCCGCGCGUCAUCCAGGUGAUGCUGGAAAAGGAGCAGGGCAGCUUCGGCUUCACCGUGCGCGGCGGCACGUGCCCGGACGAGCCGGCCCGUUCCCGGCCACUCACCAUCACGCACGUGAGGCCCGGCGGCCCGACCGACAGGGAGGGGACGGUGAAGCCCGGCGAUCGGCUGCUGGCCGUGGACGGCGUGCGGCUGACGCACGCCUCGCUGGCCGAGGCGCACCGGGCGCUGACGUCCGUGCAGCGGCAGGCCGUCAUCACGGUCGAGUACGACGUGAGCGUGAUGGAGGCGGUGCGCGCCGGGCCCGGCCCGCUGCUGGUGGAGGUGGAGCGGCCGCCGGGUGCGCUGCUCGGUCUGGCGCUCAGCGCCGCCGGCCAGGCCGUCGUCAUCGAGAGCAUCCGCCAGGCCAGCAUCGCCGAAAGGGUGGGCGCGCUGCACGUCGGGGACCAGGUGCUGGCGGUGGACGACGUCAGCGUGGAGCACAUGUCGACGGCCGAGGCGACGCGGCUGCUGCAGAGCUGCGCCGGCCCCGUGGUGCGGCUGGAGAUCGUGCCGGUGACGGCGCGCCGCGCCAGCGACGCCAAGCGCUGCAAGGAGACGACGGCGCUGACGCUGCUGGCCGACAAUCAGGGCUUCGGCCUGGCGCUGACGUCGCGCUCGACUCCGGACGAGCCGGCGCCGCCCGUCAUUGGCCACAUCGAGCCCGGCAGUCCGGCCGACAGGUGCGGUAUUCUGCACGUGGGCGACCGUCUGCUGGAGGUGAACCACCAGCCGGUGGACGACCUGCCGGCCGAGCAGGCGUCCCGGCUGCUGGUCGACGGGCUGCCGCGCGCCACGCUCACCGUCGAGUUCGACGUGGCCGACGCCGUCGUGCCCAGCUCCGGUACAUUCCUCGUCAAGCUGGUGAAGCGGUGUCCGUCGCUGGGUCUGACGGUGUCGGCGCCCAAGUCUCGCCAGCUGGGCGAGCCGCUGAUCGUGGCGGACGUGGAGCCGGGCUCGGCCGCCUACAGGAACGGCACGAUCGAGCCGGGCGACCGGCUGCUGAGCAUCGACGGCGCCGCCGUGGACCGGCUUACCAUCCAGGAGGCGGCGGAGCGCCUGCACGCCGCUGGCGAGAUCGUCACGCUGCGCAUCCAGAAGGACAACCUCUGGACCGACGCGUCGGACUCGUCCCGCGUGGUGUUCACGGUGGAGCUGGAGCGGCACGGCGGCCCGCUGGGCCUCACCAUCUCCGGCACCGAGGAGCCGUUCGACCCCAUCUUCAUCUCCGGACUGACGAACGGCGGCCUGGCCGAGCGGACUGGCGCGCUGCACGUGGGCGACCGCGUGCUGGCCAUCAACGGCAACACGCUGCGUGGCAAGCCGCUCUCGGAGGCCAUCCAGAUGCUGCAAAACUCGGGCGACGUGGUGCGCCUGAAGGUGGCCAAGGCGGCCGCGACUCGGCGUCGCUCCCGCAGUCCGACGGGGCUGGUCGGCCUGCGCGAGACGGCGGCGCGGCCAGCCGGCUCGGCGCUGCCCUCCGUCGACAGCGCGGUCGAAUCCGGCUCCGGCUCCGGCACCGACAGCAUCGACGGCGCCAAGGCCGGCAGCGGCUCGGCGUGCGACCGUGACUCGGGCGGCGCCGGCGGCGAGCGCUGGGAGACGGCCUCGCAGCGACUGGCCGGCCGGCCCCAGUCGGCGCAAGGGGACGACACCGAGGCCGACGACGACUGGAACAAGGUGCUCUCCGACAUGGAGGAAGUCGAGUCGUUCCGGCGCGACUUCGAGGACCAGCGGCUCGACGACAGCUGUCCGCUGGGUCGGCGGCCGGGUGGCCGGGCAGUGUCGGUGAAGCCGCCGCGCCAGCCGAACUGGACGACGGAGAAGGCCGGACCGCACCAGUCGGAGUCGGAGCUGGCCGAGCGCCGGCUGACCGCCUCGCUGCCGCGGCCGCGCGAGGAGGCGCGCGGCACUGCCAGCGCGCCGGAGUUCCGGCUGCCCGGCUCGUACACGGCGCUCAGCCGAGACUCGCGCCACCUGGUGCCCGUGCAGAUCCACCGCGUGACCCUCUUCAAGGACGCCGUGUACGAGGACUUCGGCUUCAGCCUGUCGAACGCGCUGUACGAGAAGGGCGUGUAUGUGAACCGGGUGAAGCCGGGCGGGCCGGCUGACAAGAGCGGCAUCCUACGGCCGCACGACCGCAUCCUGCAGGUGAACGACACGGUCACGUCCGAGCACGACUGCUGCCACAUCGUGCCGCUGAUCGCCUCUGUCGGCGACCGACUCGACCUGGUGGUGGCGCGUAACCCGCUGACCGAUCAGCAGCCCCAGCUGGAGGACGAGCCGGGUCGCCAUCCGUGGGUGGAAGACGAGGACAAGCUGGCCGCCUCUCCGGAGCCGACCGGCGCCACCGACCUGGUCAACCACGUGCUAUAGCGCUGCCUGUGCCCGGCGGCCCACACCCGCCUCGGAGGGCAGCAUUGGAGACAGCCCAGCCAGUGUGCUGGGUUCGCGCUCCGAGCGCGGUCUCGAGGCCUCGCCUCUCCAGCUGCAGCGGUCCAGCGGGCCUGAUCGCGGCCCUUGGUCGGCUCGGAGGGCAGCAUCGGAGACAGCCUAGCCAGUGUGCUGGGUCCGCGCUCCGAGCGUGGUCUCGAGGCCUCGCCUCUCCAGCUGCAGCGGUCCAGCGGGCCUGAUUGCAGCCGUACCUGGCUCGGAGGGCAGCAUCGGAGACAGCCCAGCCAGUGUGUUGGGCUCGCGCUCCGAGCGCGGUCUCGAAUCCUCGCUCAUCCAGCUGCAGCGGUCCAGCUGGCCUGAUCGCGCCGUGCCGAGCUGGCGCUGGUCUAGAUGGGCCCCGGCCGCGGCGACGCGGCGCGGUCACUGUGGCCCCGCGCAGGCCGGAGCGUGCGGCCCUGCCUUCGGACAUGGCACGCGUCCAGGCCGGCGUAACGAUGGAUCCUGUGCACGCGGGAACAGGCCAGCCGCGUUUUGCUCAUUGACUGCUGGGUGCAGAAUGGCAGGCACCGUGCGGCAGGGGAGUGACUGAGCCACACAUCCCGUCCACUGCACUGUCCUGAGGUGCUGGCCACGCCGUCCUGUACUUGCGGCGAGCGAUGGGGUCUGCCGGCUCGGCUAUUUUCUGUACGAGUUCUGCUGUCGUUUUGCGAGCGGUUUGUCACGUUUUGAGGCGACUUGUGGGACCUGCCUUGUCACAGGACUCUGUCAUGCGAGGACAAUUGCUGUUUGCAAAGCUGUCGUUCAAGUAUUCCUGGUAUACUGCAAACAUGCUACGUGAAAUUAGAGCCGUCAGUUUUAACCAGUGUUGGAUGUGACGUUUUGGUACGCCUAAUCUGAUGGGCAUUUUCAGUUUGUGUACUGGUUUUAGGGUGAUUGAUGUUGAAUCAUAUCCAGAAAGCAAGUUUGUUUUAAGCAAAUUUUUGUUAUUUGUAUCAUUUCAUUCAUAUACGUAUGUGAGCGCAUGCUGAACUUGUUGUAAGCAUGUGCCGAGCAUUAAACGUCCUCAAGCG